AUGGGACGUCCAAAGCACAUCGCUCUGGUUUCUGCGCUCGCAGCAGGCAGUGUUUCUGGUUAUGGUUUCCCUGAUUGCAAAAACGGUCCUCUAGCAGGCAACCCAGUCUGCGACACUGCUCUUGACCCCAUUACGCGUGCCACUUCCCUGAUCGAGUUGUUCACUGUUCCAGAGCUGAUCUAUAACACUGUUAACCGGUCUCCUGGAGUCCCUCGUCUCGGUUUGCCGGCGUACCAGUGGUGGUCGGAAGCCUUGCAUGGAUUAGCACAAAGUCCAGGCGGUGUCAACUUCUCGAUAUCAGGCGAAUUCAGUUAUGCAACGUCGUUCCCCCAGCCGAUUCUUAUGAGUGCUGCGUUUGACGAUGAGUUGAUCAAGUCUGUUGGAAGCAUAGUGGGCAUGGAGGGACGUGCUUUCAAUAACUAUGGGCGCGCUGGUCUAGACUUCUGGGCACCAAAUAUCAAUCCGUUCAAAGACCCUCGAUGGGGCAGAGGACAGGAGACACCUGGAGAAGAUCCGUACCACCUUGCACAAUACGUCUAUAACCUGGUAGUCGGCUUGCAAGGUGGCCUCGACCCGAAGCCGUACUACCAAGUCGUUUCCACCUGUAAACACUUUGCAGGCUACGAUCUCGAGCACUGGAAUGGCAAUUUUCGAUACAGCUUCAACGCAGUAAUCACUACUCAAGAUCUCGCGGAGUACUAUCUUCCCUCAUUCCAGAGCUGUUAUAGAGAUGCCAAAGCCGGUGCUGCCAUGUGCUCAUACAAUUCUGUUAACGGCGUUCCUUCUUGCGCAGAUACGUACUUGCUCCAAGAUAUCCUGCGCCAUUUCUACGGCUUCGCGCAAGAUCGAUGGGUAUAUUCAAAAUUACGGGUGAUUGUGGUGCCGUCUCACGUAUCUACUCUUCCCACAAUUAUACGUACCCCUCAACAAGCAGUCGCGGACGCACUCAAGGCUGGUACUGACCUCGAUUGUGGCCUCUUUUACACGAUGUGGUUGCCAACCGCAUACAAUGAGUCCCUUGUCACAGAGACAGACCUACGCACAGCUCUGCUUCAUCAAUACGCCUCGCUCGUCCGGUAUAGCGCUUUCGUCCUUGGUUACUUUGAUCCAGAAGAUUGGCAGCCUUACAGAACAUACAAUUGGAGUAACGUCAACACUUCUCCUGCCCGACAACUUGCGUACCAGGCUGCUGUGGAGGGUAUUGUUCUCUUGAAGAACGACGGUACUCUGCCGCUCUCGAGUAGCGUCAAUAACAUUGCUCUAAUUGGCCCGUGGGCCAACUCAACCAGCCAGAUGCAGGGCAACUACUUCGGUGAUGCUCCCUAUCUCAUCAGCCCCAUCAUGGGUGCGAUGGAGGAUGGGUAUAACGUUACCUACGUGUUGGGCACCAACAUUACAUCCAACGACACAAGUGGGUUCGCUGCUGCCGUUGCAGCUGCGAAGGAAGCAGACGCUGUCAUCUAUGCAGGUGGUAUUGAUGACGCCGUUGAAGCUGAGGCCCUGGAUCGCUACACGAUUACUUGGCCCAGCAACCAGCUCAACCUGAUUGCUGAGCUUCAGGCUAUAGGCAAGCCUUUGGUUGUGGUGCAAUUUGGUGGUGGACAACUCGAUGACUCCGUUCUGAAGGGUAAUGCCUCUAUUAAUGCACUCGUUUGGGCAGGGUAUCCAGGUCAGAGUGGUGGAAAGGCUGUUUUCGAUAUCCUCAGUGGUAAGGUUGCACCUGCUGGGCGUCUUCCUAUCACGCAGUACCCAGCAAGCUAUGUCAACGAGAUCCCUAUGACCGAUAUGAACCUCCGUCCCAACGUCACGAGUCCAGGCCGUACCUAUAUCUGGUACACUGGCGUCCCCAUCUACGAAUUCGGGUAUGGCGAGCACUACACUACCUUCUCUUACAAGUGGGCGCAAGCACCUGCAAAUUCAUACAACAUCCAGGAUAUCAUUGAUAGAGGGAAGCAUGCUUCAUAUUUGGACAUCGCAUCGUUUGCUACGCUCGCCGUUGAUGUGACGAACACUGGAAACAUGACAUCUGACUAUGUUUCCCUUCUUUUCGUCAAUGGCACAUACGGAAUUGCUCCCUACCCCAACAAGGUUCUUGUCAGCUACGAUCGCUCCCACAGCAUUGCGCCAGGUUGCACUACAACUGCUGAGCUGCCGAUGACACUUGGUAAUCUCGCGAGAGCCGACAACAAUGGCAACUUCUGGCUCUAUCCCGGCACUUAUGAGCUUGUGCUCGAUACUAGUAGAGUUUUGGGCGCUAAAUUCGAAUUGACGGGAACUGCUGCGCAGCUCACUUCCUUCCCGCAAAACACCAUGACUCCAUGA